AUGUCAAAUUUAUCAACAACUUCCACAUCUUCACUAUGUACAAAAGCAAAGCCACUUAGAUGCAUUGUCUACCUGGAACCAUCAAAAAACUCGAAAUUCUAUCAAAGUAUUGAUGAAUUCUUUGCACAGACAUAUAAAUUAUUUGGAGCGAAUGAAGCUCACCAGUAUCAUCCACAUAUCUCGAUGACUGGAUUCUUUUCAUUGUAUGAUGACGAGGAGGAACAAGAAGAGGAAGAAACGAUGACAAGGUGCUCAGAUAUCGAUAACAAUAGUACUAGUAGUGACAAUAAAGAUGAUGAAGAGAAUACUUCGUCAGACUCAGCCUCUAGGUUAAAUAUAAUCGUUGAAGAAAUUGAUAAUUUCCUUGCCAAAAACAAAGAUGAAUUUACACCUCCACAUGUAGAAGGAAUUUUAUUGGUGCCACCAGAAUUGCCUUCAGUAUCUUAUCCACCCUCAGCAGCUUCAUCCGCGCCGUCAACUCCUCUAUCAUCGUCACCAAUCGGUAGCUGCUCCUCACCAAUUAGUCCAAAAUCACCAAUACGUCAAGAGCAAUACAAACUUCAUCGACGAUCUUCGUCAUAUUCGUCUUCCUCCUCAAAAUCCUCACAAUCACGAGACACAUUACAAAGUCUGCUAAUCCCAAUAAAAGCAUGUCAAAAACUUCAUGAAUUUGCUUCACAUUUGACAAAUUUUUCACGUAAUGACCCAAGACUUGUGCCUUCUAUAUCCUCCUUAUCGUCGGUUAUUCGACGAAAAAGUAUUAAUCAUAUAUCAUUAGCGUAUUGUGGCGAUCGGUUUGCGAAUUUGGAUGGGGUAAAGGAACGACUGACUGGUGAAGUCAUGCAAACAAUGUUACGAAUGGCGAGGGAGGGAAUCGUGUUUGAUGAGGUGAGAGAAGAUGCACAACAAAAAGCUGGUUGGGAUGUGGUAGUCUACGAACACGUGAAGGCCUGUAGUAUUUUGGAGGAUAGACAUGUUUGGCGAGAAAUUAAAAGAUGGAGUAUUGUUGAUGGUUUCAAGAUAAAAACCAACCACCAAUUCAAGCUUCCAGCAUCAAGCAGACAGGCAACUACACUCACAUUUGUACAGUUUUCUGUCCGCGGAAGCAACAACAGGACAGACAAGCAGAAACAAAUCGAGGUCUCACUCUACGAAUUGCGUGAGAGUUCCACCUCUGUUACAGAGACCACCGCCAUUACAAUGGGGCAGGCACAAGAUCGGAUGGUGGAUGACGAACAAUUGUACUCAACUACUACCUCAACCACAACAACGACUACUUCGACAAGUGGAUCCCCGGAACUUGGCCCUGUAAUGCCUACUAUGACAUCAAUGACUAAUUCGCUUCUUUCGGACCGCAGUUCACUGUCAUCAUUCUCAUCAACGGUACCUGUGUCAUCGUUGUCAUCGAUGAAAAAGAAAUCAAUGAGCGUUGUCAAUGGUGGUUUACAUCCACACGAUAACGAUGAAGAUGUCGAAGAGUUAUCAUCGUCAUCGUCUUCGUCAUCAAAAGGUAAUAAUGCUCGAGAAAAACAACAACAGCAGCAACAAAAGGAAAAAAAAUUGACGAUGAUUCCUUCCGCGGUUGUUGAUGGCAAGAGUCAAAAUAAUCAAGGUCUUGGUAAUCUGAUGAUGAAACCAAAGCACAUUGCUGUUGUCAGUGAAAGUGGUAAUGGAAAGAGUGGUGAUUCAAGUAGUGAAAUCUCCUCGUAUUCUUCUAUAAAUAGCAGCAAUACGAUCCUCACGACCCCGACAAAUCCCGGGACAGCAACAGUCAAGACAACUGUGCUGCUGGAUGAUUCAAAACCGUACACAAUACCACCGGCAAUAGCAGAGAACGUCAUGCGCGAGAUGCUGGCCAAUAAACCUGAUCCAGUUGUACUGGAACAAUUGCGGCCAGUCGUGCAAAAGUCGUCCUCGUCGUCGGCACUUUUGGACAAAGGAAAUGGGGGAAGCAUUGAUUCUCUGUUAUUAGGAAGCAAGAGUAGUAAACUGUUGAAGAAUAGUACCCUGUUGACGAUAAAAAAGAAUAUCAAUAAUCAUAGCAAUAUCAAUAAUACCAAUAAUAUCAAUAACGGUGAGUCAUCUGAAGAAAUUGGAAAAAAAAUAAUUGUUAGUAAUAAUGGUGGUGGUAAAUCCCAUUUUCCUUCUAAAUUCUCUUUUCCAAAUAUCGCCGACAAGAAUUUCUUUGUUCCGAAUUUUACCACUACCAAUGCUACAAAUUCGAAUUCUUCUUCUACUAUCAAUACUCCAAACAAUCCCAAUCCUUCCAUCAUAACAGUUAAAACUAAUCCCACCGGUGCCUCGACUACUGGUACUACUGCUAGUGUUGUUUCUUCUGCGUCAUCAUUGUCAUCAUCUUCCUCACAAAAAGUUCCUUUCGCUUUUCGUUACAACUCAGAAUCAUCUUCGUCCUCGACACCUUCCUCCAAGAAUCCUCAAACGCCAACAAUCCCAAAAAUUAUUUCAAAUAAUACGGACCCACAACCUUCCUUGGCACAGCCAACCCCGGUUCAGCAGCGUUUACGUAGUGGGCCAAACCCAUUUAAUCCGCCACCGAUUUUGGGAGAUAAAUUUGUGCCUGAUUUCACAGCAGCUGCUACAAAUAGUAAUAAUAUCUCUACUGCGACAAAUACUACUAACACCGGAGAUGCAGCAACUCAAUUCCCUAAUCCAGGGGUAGUUUUUCCCAAAUUUUCGGGAUCGUUUAAUUUCGACGUGAUAAAUUCUUCUUCAAAGAAAAACUCUGAUCUACAAUCAUUAUCAUCGUUUACUACUAACAAUAAUGCAAAGCAGCAACAGCCUACAGUAGUUGUAGCAACUAAAGUUGUCAACUCGUCAUUGAGUAAUACGGGAACUGGGUCUAGAUCAAAAACUUUGAUCGCUAAUAAUGGAGGCGGUGUUAGUAGCAACAUUAGUAGUAAUAACUCUUUGAAGCAAUCAACGACGACUAUUAAUACUACUUCAAGCGCAAGUAUCGGAAAAAGUGCUGCUACAAAUCUCAAUAAUACAGCUAUGACGAUCUCAGGUAACCCAUCUUCUUCAUCCUCCAAUCCACAACCAACACCAGUUAAAAAAUUACACAUAAAAUUUGGCGACUAUAAUCUAUCUGCUUCAGCACAUUUACAAAAACAGCAACAAGAAGAUCAAGAGGUAGCUAAAAGACUUGUGGCUCUACGGGAAAUGUCAUCAGAUGUCGAAUCAGAAUCUACUUCUAAUUCUUCAACGCCUAAAGCGUUUCAAAAUAUAAAUGGAGGAGGAUCGGGAUCAGCAGCAGGAGGUCCAACUAGUAGUAAUAAUAGCGGAGGUGCAGCAACAAGUAGUAAUCUUAAUAAUAAUUUCGCAUUCUACCGACCGAUUCGGCCACUACCCGCGCGGGCUAAGGCACGUCAAUCCAAAACAGCUAAUGCCAGCAGUAGUAGUAAUAUCGCUAGCACAAGUGCAACAGGAUCAUCGACACUACUUUCGUCGUCUUCCGGAUUACCCAUAAUACCUCCAUCACCACUAUUCUCAUUCACUACACCACCUCAUUCGGACGGAGGCGAUGAUGAUUUUGAUGUAGAUGAAGAUGACGGGAAUAAUGAGAGUAGCCACACUGAUUGGUUGGACAAUGCCAAUAAUAAGAAAAAACGGAAAGCUCUCCAAACAGUAGGUGGGAAUUCGAUAGUCAGUGGAGGCGGCGGCGGUGUGAUCAAGAGUUCUGCUUCGAAAGAACGUGUAAGCCCUUUGCGAAGAGUUACAAAUCGUUCUUCAUCACAACGGAUCAGUAAUUUGAGUAAAUUAGUUGCACAUAAUAAUGCAUUGUCAUUGGAAGGCUCUUCUGAUAAUAAAAAACACUCUGCUGGUUCCAGUAGUACAGGUAAUAGUAAAAAUGAACUGAGUAAUGUUAGACCACCAGAAAAAAGGAAUUUUGAUUUCUCAUUUACAGCGGCAGCCGCUGCCAGUGUUAAUGCAGCGAGCGCAAAAAGAUUAGCAGCUGUUUCUCCGUUACAGCCAAUGAAUACAAAAAAUGAUCCUUUUGCUGCUUCGAUGUUCCUCAACAAUAGUAAUAAUAACAGUUUAUCAGCAUCCAUUAACAAUAAUAGUAAUAUACCGACAACAAAUUUGAAAAAGAAAGCAUCGACAAAAAGAGCUGCACCUUCUUCUGCAUUAUUCAAACCAGAUGGAGGACUGAAUAGAAUAGGACAACACCAGCAACAUGAUGAUACAUCAUCGACAGGCUCGUUUGAGGUACAGCAAAUGAAUAAUGCCAAUAGUCAUCAACCUUCAAUGGGUAGCAGACGCAAAGUCCGAUUCCAGGAGAAAAAUGGCGAUUGGAUUUGUAUAUUCUGUGAAUAUCGACUCUAUUACGGUGAUGGUGGUCGUCGAAGUAAAAGCGGAGCUGAUCGAGCUUUUGCAAGUUAA